GUCACUUGGAAGUCAUGUGACCAGGUGUGGACCAAUCAGGACACGCUGCCGAAGCACUCGGUUCCUUCGCUGAGCUAGAGCGAGAGAAAGAGGAACCAUGUCUACAAGCGUUUAAACCGAGCCCGAAGCAGUGGAGAUCAUCUGUCAGGGGGGUCGAAUCGCCUCUCAGCUUCGACGUUGAACGUUGUCCUGUCGGAAUACCUAAGGGGAAUAUGCAGCCGUGAAGAGUGCCGGAGCGGAUAUGGAUAAUGGCCCGAACAUAUUGAAUAGCUUCGUCAGACGACGAGGAGGAGGAGGAGGAGGAGGAGGGAGCGCUGCUGGUGCUGCUGCUAUCGAGCGAGGAAACACGUUUAAGAGAAAAUAAAGGCAGCCAGAGGACACUGGAUUGGAGAUCCGUGGAUGGCGUGUCGGUUUUUUAACGCCGUCGCCGCUAAUACAACGACCGAGGUCGAGUCUCGGUAGCUUUUAUUGUCUCCUGUUUCUUUCGGUCAGUAAAAAAAGGGGAACCCAAAAAAAAACAGCCUACUCACUGUCCCUGAGUGAAAUUGUGUUGUAUUUCCGCCGGAACUGUACGGAGACAUGGAUUGUAACGGCGGCGGUUUGGCCAACGAGCUGCACAAUAACCAGGCGUACCAAUGCGAGGAGAGCAAGCCGCUCCUGGAGCCCGAGGGCAAUAAUAAUAACAGUAAGGUGGGCGCGGGGACGUGCCGCCGGAGCGCGCUGCACUGCAGUGGAGGAGGUGGUGGUGGUGUUGGAGGUGGAGGUAUGCGCUACAAACUGCUGCACGAGGGGGACAUCCAGGUGUGUGCCGUGAAACACCCGCGCUCCUUCUUCAGCAAAAUCCUCACCUCCAAGUUCCUGCGGAGAUGGGAACCCCACCACCUCACCCUGACCGACUGCAGCAUCGCGUCUGCCACGCCUAUAGGUUACAUGGAGGCGGCUCUGUCCUACAGCACUAUAGAGGACCUGCAGCUGUUGUCAUGGGACAACGCCCCCAAAUACUGUGUCCAGCUCAGCAUCCCUGGAGGAACUGUCCUUCUACAGGCUGCCAACAGCUAUCUGCGGGACCAGUGGUUUCACUCUCUACAGUGGAAGAAAAAGAUUUACAAGUACCGCAAGGUGCUGAAUAACCCCAGCCGCUGGGACGUGGUGCUGAAGGAAAUCCGAGCUUUGGUGGACAUGGCACUUACCUCACCACUGCAGGACGAAUCUAUCCAUCAAGCCCCGCUUCACAUUAUCUCCACUCUACUUGUUGAGAACACCAACCUCAGUGCCCAGGACCAUGAGAGCAUCAUUGUGGCGAUUGCUCCCCUGCUGGAAAAUAACCACCCUCCUCCAGACCUGUGUGAAUUCUUCUGCAAGCACUGUCGCGAGCGUCCACGCUCAAUGGUGGUCAUCGAAGUGUUCACUCCAGUGGUCCAGAGAAUUCUCAAACACAACAUGGAUUUUGGGAAGUGUCCCAGACUGCGUCUCUUUACUCAGGAGUAUAUACUGGCUUUGAAUGAACUUAAUGCAGGCAUGGAGGUAGUCAAGAAGUUCAUCCACAGCAUGCACGGCCCCACUGGACAGUGUCCUCACCCUCGGGUUCUCCCCAACCUCGUGGCGGUGUGCCUGGCUGCCAUUUACUCCUGCUAUGAGGAGUUUAUUAAUAGUCGUGAUAACUCUCCUAGUUUGAAAGAGAUCAGGAACGGUUGUCAGCAACAGAGCGAAAGGAAGCCCCCGAUGCCCCUACGGCUGAUGCGUCCCGAUCCUCCAACUUCCCUUUCACCCCCUCCUCCCUCCAUCGUCAACUCCAGUGAGAUCCUGGUGGAGCUGGAGCGCAACAACAACACUGCCAACACGGCGCUGCGUAAGGCGCCUGCAGGGGGCGACAGUGAGCCCAGCCUAAUUGAAUGCUUGCUGGUGAGCCCGGCUGUCAACGCUCUGUCCAUUCAGCUCCCUGCCCAGGCUGACCGAGUGCUGGCCUGCUUUGCUCUCAUCCUCAAGAUGCUUUCAGACUAUGAUGACUGGAGACCAGCUCUGGCGAGCCUGCUGCAACCCAUCCCGUUCCCAAAAGAGGCCCUUGCGCAUGCCAAAUUUACAAAAGAACUCAAGUAUGUUAUUCAGAGGUUUGCUGAGGACCCGAGACAGGAGGUGCACUCGUGUUUGCUCAGUGUGCGUUCCGGAAAAGAUGGCUGGUUUCAGCUCUACAGUCCAGGAGGCGUGGCUUGUGAUGAUGAUGGAGAACUGUUUGCCAGCAUGGUUCACAUACUCAUGGGGUCUUGCUACAAGACGAAGAAAUUCCUUCUGUCUCUGGCAGAAAACAAGCUCGGGCCCUGCAUGUUGCUGGCACUGCGAGGCAACCAGACCAUGGUGGAGAUCUUGUGCCUGAUGCUGGAGUAUAACAUUAUAGAGAAUAAGGACACCCAGCUACAGAUCAUCUCGACGCUGGAGAGCACGCAGGUCGGCCUGCGCAUGUACGAGCAGCUGUGCGACAGACAAAGAGAACUUAAAGAGCUGCAAAGAAAAGGAGGGCCUACCCGCCUCACCCUGCCAUCCAAGUCCACGGACGCUGAUCUCGCUCGCCUACUGAGCUCUGGCUCGUUUGGGAACCUAGAAAACUUGAGUCUGGCCUUCACCAACGUCACCAGUGCCUGCGCUGAGCAGCUUAUCAAGUUGCCGUCCCUCAAACAGCUCAACCUGUGGUCCACUCAGUUUGGAGACGCCGGGCUGCGACUGCUUUCAGAGCACCUGGCCUGUUUGCAGGUCCUCAACCUAUGUGAGACACCAGUUACUGAUGCUGGUCUGCUAGCUCUCAGCUCGAUGAAGAGCCUGUGCAGUUUAAACAUGAACAGCACUAAACUCACCGCGGACACCUACGAGGACCUGAAGGCCAAACUCCCCAACCUGAAGGAGGUAGAUGUUCGUUACACAGAAGCCUGGUAAACGUAACCAGCAUCCCAUCCGUCCAGAUUCUCAAGGAAUCCCUGACAUCAUGAUAACCAUAUGGAUUCGCUGACACCAUCCACACACACCGAGUCUUUAACAUCACGAUAAUUCGCAGAUGACGGACUGUCGAUAGGAACACGUUUCGACACCAAGGACCUUUUGUUGACACGACCCCAGCAUCCGUGUCCUCAUAAAAAAAACACACAAACAGCUUUCUUUGUAGCCGCAUUAAAAGAAAGAAAGCGCAAGAAUAUUUAUAGUGACCGCAUCAAACGAUAAAGGAGGCCCAUUCUAUUUAUAUCACAUAAGAAGACUUUUUCUCUUAUUCCACCAUCUUUACCUUUUUUGGCGACACAAUCAGCUGCAACUGGCUCUCCAUGCAAGUGUGUUUGACCAAAUCAACACCACUCAUCUGCUUCCUUUAUCCCCAAGAACAGAGACUUACGAACUUCGAAGCUGACUUUCCUGCCUCUUCAAACUCUCUUUACUUUUCUUUUUUUUUUUUUUCUUUGACUCAAUGGGGAGCUUUGUCCCCCAGAGGUGCACCCUGACUGGCGAGAGUCACAUUCCAGUACAGUUUUGAUGUCUCCCUCCUUGCGGAAUUGCAGCUCGAGCAAGCGAGCGAGAUCCUCUUAGAUCUGAUUCUGCCACUUUUUCUAUCCUUAAUCACAACUUGAUGCAGUUGCCUCUGACUUAGAAAGGUGGUAGCCUUUUACAGUCCACUACUGUAUACACUCAUUUUAACCUCUCUCUCUCUCUCUCUCUCUCUCUCUCUCAAAAAUUUUUAUCAACUUGAAUGAGCAUAUUUUUCCAUACAUCUCUGCUAUCAUAAAUUGUGUGUUUGUACACACACACAUUACAUACACAUAUAUAUGUGUAUGUAUUGUGUGUGUAUGUAUAUAUGUAAUGUGUGUAUGUAUAUGUGUGUACGUGUAUAUGUACACACACAUAUAUAUAUAUAUAUAUAUAUAUGUGUGUGUAUAUGAAUGUGUGUUUGUGUGUGUGUGUGUGUGUAUGUAUGUAUAUACAUAACAUAUAAAGUUUCCCUUUUGACAUUUUAUCAAUUUCAGGAGCUCGGUUGUUCAACCUACUAGACAGAAAAAUUGUAUCUGUUUUGCUUUUGUGGGUUUUUUUUUUUUUUUUUUUUGGUCCACAUUUUUCUUGUCUUUGUACAAAGUACAAGUUUGUUCUUGCAUCCGCAUUUGUCAGUUUGUCUGUCAGAAGGUGGUCUGGGACUACUCUAUAUUUAUGAAGCCUCUUUCUUAUCCGUGUUUCUUCUUGAUCCUUCUCUUCUCUUGAUUUUUCAAAAAUUUUUUGUUUUUGGUCAAUUAAAUCAGCCAAGACGGUGCCUACAGGACAUUUUGUAUGAAGAGUGCACCUCUGUGUAAAUAUCACAGCGAAAUUUCAGAAGCUCUGGUGAAAUGUUUGAUUUCCUAUAGUGCUUAUUUUACAACCCGGGAUUCUCACGUAUAAGCCUACGUGCACAUUUAUAAGAAAUCAAACAUCAAGCCAUAAUUUGUAAAGUCAAAAAGUCUGUGGCAAUCUAUUUUUCUUGUGUGUUUUUUUUUUUUUGUUGUUGUUUUUGUUUUUUCCCCCUCCUAUUCGUUACUGGUCUGCAAAUCGGGUCCACGUGUGAAGGAAGAAAUCGCAGGGCAGGUUGUUGAUCUGUGCGGCGGAAUGUCUUGUGUAAACACCGUGUAUAAUAUUCAGCAUUGGUGGUGGUGGGAGCGAUGUUUGAUGGCUGGAUGAGCACAUUCGAUUUGGAUUCUUCAACCACCGUACCAGGCUGCUCAUCUCUUCUCCCCCUGCGUUCCCAGGCGCAGAUAGCUCACGCUCUGAUUCGCUCCCCCAGUCUGCUCGACCAGUCUUUGAUUGGACAGUUUGAUUUUUUUGCCAUUAUUAGGAUUGGUCCAGCGGAGGAAAGGGAACUGCGCGCUCGCUUCCCAAGCAGCGCGUGGAGAAUGACGGCGUGCGCCCGAGAGUCGAACGCUGCGUGUAGACCGUGGAUGGUGGCGGCACAGAGUUCCGUCAUGUUCUGGCAUCUCAGGUCCAGAUCAAGAUGCUGCGUGGUUGCAUUCUGUAUAAUGUACAUAACAAGUGUAUAUAAUUUCCCUCAGCCUGUCUGUCUCUCGUAUACUUCUUUAUAUUCGUUUCGUUCUCUCUUCUUGUUUUGAGAGACUGCAGUUGCCUUCAUUUUCAGAAUGUCUGUGUGUACACUCAGCUUUUUUUUUUUUCCUUCCCUCCCCAGACCAAGUGCACUGUAAUAACCUUCAAAAUAUCAUAUUUUCUCACUUUAGUCUGUUCAUUUACAUUUUUUGUUCUUUUGCCGCAUGUACAUGUUGCAUAGCCACUGUUUUUAUUGUAUAAUUUCAUUUCAAACGCUCCAAUCAGCUAAGCGUCAAAGCGAGGAAGAAGAGCGCGUAUAAUUACAGACCAAGAACUUCAAUAGAAAGCUGAACACUGCAGAAAAGCGAUUAGUUGCCAUUAUAAUCCGCUCUAAGUGAACCAAACGGUCCUACACUGUCGAGUCGGUUCAGUAGAGGAAAUCUGCUCUGUGCCCCAAUACAGGUUCCUCAGAGAAGAUGUCCGGAAUGGUUCUACUGCAUCAAGCGGCCCAUAUCCGAGUGAGAGAUCUACAUAUCGUGAACAGUUUCUGUUUCAACUGUUGGAAAUGCCUCAAAACAGGGCAAUGAGGCCAGAAUCAUUUGGGAAUCAAUAUUUUUUUGUUUUUGUAUAGAAUGGGGAUAACUACUUUUACAGAGCUCAUCGACUAUAAUGCAUAUGUACUGUGUCACUCACUGCUUUUUGCAUUGUUUCGUCUCCUCACAGCCUCCUACCUACUCUCCCAUGAUAUUAACUUUUUCUGCAAUUUCUAAAAAAAAACAAACAAACACAAAGAAAAAACUUUCUAUCAUUUUCAAUUGAGUCUUAAUGUGGUGAUCAAUGGGACGUCUACCACUGCAGUCGCCGCCUGGGUGCAGUCAUGUACAUAAUUAUCUACAUCUCCCAUAUUUCUUGAAUUUCUUAUUUUGAUUUUAUUUUUUUUAUUUUUAUUUUUUGGCAGAACUGCAGCCCUUAUUUCCUCCUGUGUGUUUAACUGCUUCUACAGCUGAGUCGCUGCUGCUGCUGCUCUGUGGCUGUUGUAAUGACAAUACAAGACCUUGAACAGGAAAAUAAGUUGGCUACGAUGUGAAAUAAUUUCAAUCAGAAUAAAUUGUCUGUGAAUAUGUUUCAAA